AUGGUUGGGGACGGAAGUGGCGAUGUCGAUGAACUUGAUGCGCUUCAUCUCUCGCUCGCAGCUCACGCGCCCCACGAGCGUCGUGUAUGGGGAGGGGCCGCGGAUGAUGAGGAUGGGGACGCCAUGGCCCGGGCAGCCGCGGGGGAGGGGGAGGCGCUGGCGCAGGAGAAACUACGCCGGGCCACGGCAGCGGCGGCGUCAGGCUGGGUUGGGAGCGCUGGGUGGCAAGCGUUGAACUUUGCGCGGCUCAGCCAUAGCACUAUCUCCUUCUUCGAUGAACCCAGGCCAAAGACUGCAACGUCACACUGGAAUCGUGUUAGCCUGAAAGCAUCUAAGGUUGGUCAAGGUCUCUCCAGAGAUAGCAAGGCUCUCAAGUUGGCUUUCCAACAUUGGGUCGAGGCUAUCGACCCUCGACAUCGAUCUGGGCACAACCUGCACUUCUACUACGAUUUUUGGUGCCAAAGCCAAGCUGGCCAUCCCUUCUUCUAUUGGCUUGAUGUUGGGGAUGGAAAAGAUGUAGAUCUUCCCGAGUGUCCAAGAACUCUGCUCAAGAAGCAAUGCAUAAAAUAUCUCGGCCCUAUAGAGCGUGAGCUCUAUGAAUACAUCAUUAACGAGGGAAAGGUUAUCCAUAAACAAUCUGGAGAACCACUAGAUACAAGCCAGGGUCCUGAAGGAGCUAAAUGGAUUUUUGUUGUGAGCACAGCAAGAAGACUUUAUGCUGGCAAGAAGGAGAAAGGUGUAUUUCAGCACUCAAGCUUUUUAGCUGGAGGUGCUACCAUAGCUGCUGGAAAAUUUAUGGUGGAAAAUGGAGUAAUCAAGGUAUUAUUAUGUUCCCCAUUGUGAAAUCACUAGUUGAUCAUAGUGUCUUUUAAUUCUUGAUAAAAGAACACUUUGUUGGUGUUUGUAAAAAAACAUUGAAAUUCUUGCUUAUGUUGUUCACGAAGUCUGCAUUUACAACAAAGUCAUAGAUACGUGUUGUAUGACGAUUGAUAAUCCACUAGUUCACUACUUUACCUAUCUGAAAAAUUUACAAUUUAGAGAUGCAGCCCUUUUCUAGAAUAAAUAUUGAAUACAUAUCCAAAGGUUGAACUUCAUUUGUAAAGUAUCUUUGUUGCUUUGGGAGUUAGUAUAGCAGAAAGCAUACUUUUGUAUGUACAAGUACAACAGUCCUAAUAACCAUCGACUUAGUUACUUAUCUUGAUACAACCACCAUGGAAGUUAAUUGGCGACCGUGGACUCUGUUGACCUCUUCUAUUUCUGCCAAGAGUAAAAGAUGGUAUGAUUCCAUACUUAGUUUUUGUCUUGUUCUCAUUUUUAUCUGAUGUAUUGUUUUUAUAAGUCCAUCUUGGGCUAUAGUGGUCAUUACAAGCCAAGCAUGGAGAACCUCAACAAUUUCAUGAAAUUCCUUCAAGAGAGUGGAGUCGAUCUCAAAGAAGUCAAGGCGCGCCCAUUCACCAAAGAUGACUGCUGCGAUGAUCCAAGGCCUAAUGAUACACAAAACGUUGCUGCGUAUACCAAUCCUCCACAAGUGGUUCUCUCUUCAAACACAUUACUGGAAGGUGAUGAAGGUAAGGAUGCUCCUACAGAAGAAGCCAAGCUAACAAACCAAAGAACCUUAUCAGGUGGUCUGCGCAGCCCAAAAGCCAUUCAUGUCCCGCAGAAGGCAAUUUUUGAGAGGAUAAAAUCGAAGAGCGAGUCUAAAUCUUACCAGCUUGGCCACAAAUUGUCCAUGAAAUGGAGCACUGGGGCUGGUCCUAGGAUUGGGUGUGUGACGGAUUAUCCAGCUGAGCUCGGAACGCAAGCAAUGGAAAUGGUGGGCCUGUCUGUCACCACGAGCAUCAACAACAUUGGCCUAGAGCAUGAAGUCUAAGCAAGCUAUCAGGUUAC